AAGUCACAUAUGGCAUCCACAGGGUCGUGGUGGUGCUGCCGUGCAGCCACCAGACCAUGAGUCCCUCCCGGCCACCAUCUAUUUGAACAGGGAGCACCCCCACCACUCCCCAAACACACCACUCCAAACAAAUCCAGACAUUGGAGAUUCUACCUGCGUGCUAUGGAAACUGGCAGAUGAGCAGAGUUUGAACGUGAGCAGAGCCUUGGAGGUGAGGGCGAGCUUGGCUGUGGAGGGUGCCGGCGUUGGGCAGAGGACAGGAGCGAGCUCGCCACCUGGGGGCAAAGAAAGGGCGGCCAUGGAGAAAACUGGGAAGCAAGGGCGCGACGGCCAUGGGCGAGCUGAGCUUGGAGGAGCAGAGGGAGGAAGCUUGGGCGCGACGCAGUGAGCUCCGGCAAGGAGAACAAAGGAGCUGGACGCGCCGAGGGAAAGACGCCAUGGGGGGCUCGCGGCAGCCAUUUUUGGAGCAGAAAAACUCCAGCGCGCACAGGGAGGAGCUCUGGAGAGGGAGUCCGCGGCUGGGGAAAGGGGCAUCCCGGCGAGCUGCGCGCAGGGGCAAGCUCGCGCGCGCCAGGGAGAGAGCAGAGGAACUCGGCGAGCUGCGGCAGAAGAGGGAGGCCGAGGAGCAAGGCAGGGGCGCUUGGUUGAGAGCAGAAGAUGGACACCGAUGGGAUUUUUAUCCAGGAUGGCCGAGCGGAUGGGAACGAGGCAACGGCGGUGAGAAAAAUCUUGAGCAGAGCGGCGGCUGCGAGGAUAAGCACGGCCACCGGCGGACAGAUUUUUGUUCCCAACAACCGGAGCGGAUGAGGACGACCGGGUGAAGGAAGCAGAGGUGAGCGCUCGGGAAGAACAGCUGUAGAGAUAUUUUUUUUUAUUUUCUUUUCUCCUUUUUUUUUACAGAAAACUAUAGAUAUUUUUGUGUCCGGAUUUUUUUAGCAAUGCACACUUGAUCGAUACACUAUUCAACUA